UUUGGAUAAGGUCAAGAUAGGUAAUAUUGAAAUGUUAAUUGUAAACCCUUGUAACUCCGCAUCACAGCUAUUCCCGUGCUCCUGAAGCUGUGUAUCACUACCUGAAUGCCAACCAGAGCUCCUGAAGAACUCGUCUGAGCUGAGAAGACAAUAUCUAAAUUACCCCCCCUGGUAGUGUAACCAUGACAACAGAGAUAUCGACACCCCCCUCCUCGGACGGAGAUCGGGUUCGACCGAAGGAAGUCCAUUUUGCCAGUCCUGUGGCAGGGGGGGCGUACCACCCCACACGUUCGAAGGGCACACCACAACCAUAUCGGAGGAGGCUCACUAUCGAUCGUGAAGGACAGUACACCUACAAGAAGACACCCUCAAGUAUUUUGAUGUCAUCCCUUCAAUUGGGUCUACAGCAUUCAAUUGGCAGCAUCGAGCCUAAACCACGACGUGAUAUUCUAAUGACAGAUUUUGAGGAUGUGGAAACAGUCGACUUCCCAGCAGCUGGUAGUGGGUCUACUCCGGCCCACAAGUUCAAGGACUUCACCUUCAAGACGUACUCCCCUGUGGCCUUCAGGUUCUUUAGAGAAGCGUUCGGAAUUGUAGCAGAAGAUUUCCUAAUUGCUAUGUGCGACCGCCCCCUGAGGGAGAUAUCCAACCCUGGCGCAAGUGGCUCUUUGUUCUAUUUAUCCGUUGACGAUGCUUUUAUCAUCAAAACUGUUCAAAAGAAGGAAGCACACUUUCUGCAAAAACUGCUGCCUGGAUAUUAUCUGAACUUGACUCAGAACAAGAGAACGCUGCUGCCCAAGUUCUUUGGUCUCUAUAGAUACAAGAGUGGCAGUAUCAACAUUCGUAUCGUGGUCAUGAACAACCUCCUCCCGUCAUCGAUACGCCUCCACGAGAAGUACGACCUCAAGGGAUCGACGUACAAGCGCCUGGCCAGCCCCUCGGAGAUCACCAAGAAGAGCCCCAUCUUCAAGGAUCUAGACUACGCUGCGAAACACGAGGAGGGGAUUUCCCUGACGAGCGAUGGCUACGAGGCUCUACUCCGCAGUGUACAGCGAGACUGUAAGGUGCUGGAGAGCUUUGGCAUCAUGGACUACUCUCUCUUGCUGGGGGUGCAUAAUAUUGACCACGCCCACAGAGAGAGGGCCGAGAGCCUCCAGUCAUCUAGUGGCGAGGCCGGUGACAUCACGACUGCUGAAGCUGACGUUCCUUCAAGACUAGGACUGGGCAAGAACUAUUCCAUCAUCUCCACCGAGAAUAUACCUGCUGCCAUGGAAACAGCGGAGGAAACGCCCACCGCACAAUACCCGGACGGAUUCAUUCAGGGUCGUAUCCGUGGUGACCGUGUUCUCCUAUACCUUGGCAUCAUUGACAUAUUGCAGAGCUACCGAUUCAAGAAACAGUUGGAACAUUCCUUCAAGUCUUUAAUUGCUGACGGUAACACUGUGUCGGUGCAUAACCCCAGUUACUACGCUCGGAGGUUUCAAGACUUUAUUACAACACAAGUCUUCAAGAAAGAGAAAACGAAAUAUCGGACUCGCAAGAACUCGACUAACGUACAAUUGAGGGGGCGUAAACCCAACAGUGUUCGUUUGGCUGCCAGCCCACGCUCCCCCCAAGAGCCCGGGAAGAGUGGCUCCUCCCCCACACACAACCUACCCACCUACACUCAAGCUACACGUGAUCCCGUCGUCUCGCCAUCACCACUGGACAGACAACGAUCUCUCAGCGACCCUACACAGCUGCAGGAAGUACCGACACUGAGUUUAUACACUCCCAAACUGGAAACAAUCGAAUCCAUACCCGGUAAAGGGUCAUCAAUUCAGCCAGUGCAAAACGACGAGGAGGUGUCACAUGACCAGAAGGUCGAGUCACAUGACGUUGAAGUCAUUGUGGAACAUCCGAACGAAAGUAGUGAUUUUGCACGUGAGGUCCGUUGUGGAACAAGUACUCCCAUUGAUGAAAGCCCAAAUGCUCGGGAAGAGCAAUCGCGCACUUUUGACCCUGACGCCACAGGGGGUGGUCUGGUUACCGUGAAUACGGCGGAGAUUGAACUGAGUGUGGUGGACAGCAAGACAGGCAUUGAAGUGGAGUGCUGACCGUGCACAAUCUGAACAACUAGCUAGCCAGAACUUUUAAACCUUUUCUAGUAUUAAUGUGUGUGAAUGUGGUGCUGCAUGUGGUGAAUGUGGUGUGUGGUGUGUAUACACUUAUUCUGUAAUGAUGUGAUUUAAUAGCGAACAUAAAAAAUUAUAAUUGA